CUUCCGGUCUUUCGGUUUUCGGCUCGGAGGAGGCUAAGGUGCAACUCUCUUCGGUCGUCCCGAAUCCGGGUUCAUCCGACACCAGCCGCCUCCACCAUGCCGCCUAAGUUCGACCCCAACGAGAUCAAAGUCGUGUACCUGAGGUGCACCGGUGGGGAAGUCGGUGCCACGUCUGCCCUGGCCCCCAAGAUCGGCCCCCUGGGUCUGUCUCCAAAAAAAGUUGGUGAUGACAUCGCCAAGGCAACUGGUGAUUGGAAGGGUCUGAGGAUUACAGUGAAACUGACCAUUCAGAACCGACAGGCCCAGAUUGAGGUGGUACCUUCUGCCUCUGCCCUGAUCAUCAAAGCCCUCAAGGAACCGCCAAGAGACAGAAAGAAGCAGAAAAACAUUAAGCACAGUGGAAACAUCACUUUUGAUGAGACUGUCAGCAUUGCCCGACAGAUGCGGCAUCGAUCUUUAGCUAGAGAACUCUCUGGAACCAUUAAAGAGAUCCUGGGGACCGCCCAGUCUGUGGGCUGCAAUGUUGAUGGCCGCCACCCUCACGACAUCAUAGAUGACAUCAACAGUGGUGCAGUGGAAUGUCCAGCUAGUUAAGAACUGCAAAGAAAAAUAAUAAAGGGUUAUUUGACAAGCAAAAAAAAAA